AUGUCAUCAGCCGCAUCACCAUUGCGAAUAGGCCAGGUACUCAAGGGUGUCAAAGACGUAUAUGUCGUCGCGCAGAAGCUUCAUGACCAAGUCUGGAGCGCAAGGUCGAUUCAGUCCUGCACCGCUUCCUCCGCCGCCAUCGUGCUUAAAUAUGCCCCUGAGACCCGCCUGCAGCGCGAAAAAGCGAUUUUGCAACACUUCGAGGGCGACCCAUAUAUCAGACAACUCAUUGAUCACGGCAAAGAGCCCUCCUUUCUCGUCUUGGAACACCUCGACUUCGACGCGCUGCGGUCGUCUCGUGAAGCAGAACUGGCACGGAAAGACAUCAAAGUCAUCGCUCGCAGUGUUCUCUCCGCACUGAAGUCCCUACAUGCGAAAGGCAUCGCUCACACCGACAUCAAACCGGAUAACAUCCUGCUCAAUUUCGACUCCGAAGGUUCAAGAGUGGUUGAAGCGAAACUAGGCGACUGCGGCGAUGCUUGGGACGUGGGAUUCGACUCGAAUCCUCAGGGCACCAGGCAUGCGAUCGGAGCCGCCAUCUUUCGAAGCCCGGAAGCUCUGUUCGGCCUGAAGUGGUCGACUCCCACAGACAUAUGGUCUUUCGGUGCCACGGCAAGUUGCAAAUGUCUCAUCAGCCUGAUCUGGGGGCGCAACUUCCACAUCUUCAAGCCCAGGGACAUGUCCGCGGAUGAUGAGGAGUUUCUAGUUCACGUCCUUGUUCAGCAAGCGAGGUACUUUGGACCCUUCCCGUUGAGCUACGAGAUGUGGUUGGACAAGGAACAGCAACAGGUCCUGGCGGCGGUGCACAUCCACAUCGAAGAGCAGGAUAUGCGCAAGCGGUUUGCCCAGAUGGAAGACGAAGAAAUGACGUUAGAGGACCGGAAUUUCCUUUGUGGAAUCAUGAAACUGGACCCGAGGGACAGGCCGACGGCAGAGGAGCUGCUCAAAAGCAAUUGGUUUGAUUUGCCGUGA